ACUUGUAGGCCCCCUAUGAAACAAGGCACCACAUGGAGCAUUGCAUCACAGCGUUCUGCAAUGCAGAUGUUUCUCUUCCAAAAACAUAUAUCCGGUCCGGUCUGCAAGAAAUCCUCUUAGAGAUCUUUGGGCAAAAACCACCUUCAAGGGGACAAAUUCUUGCCUUCUAUGCCAGAAGUUAUGCGGUCAACAGCCAGCAGGCGGAUGAAGCCAUCUUUUAUGAGUGUGUACCUGUAAAUCUCCGACAAUUCUGUACCCCAUUUUUUGAAGGGCUGGAUUGGGAGGCAUUCUCAAUAAUACUUGCAGAGAAAGACAUUCCCAACCUGAAAGACAUACUGCUUUCAAUACCAGAAGAUAAGUAUCUUGUAAUGCAACUUGCUGUCAGGAAAGUUCAACGGCAUUUUUAAAUGGCAUGUUAGACCUGAAAAGCAUGAUCUCUUCCACAUGACAAUUCGAUUUGCCAUAAACGAGUCUACCAAAUAAAACUCAGAUAAGAAUCCAAUGGAGUGUUUAAAUUGUUAAGAAAUGUCAAGGCAGAGGGUGUGGAGAUCGUAAUGGAACGUCAUAGAACUAGAGGAAAAAGGCAACUGCUUCAGCUUCUUGUGUAUCCUGUCAACCUGUAGAAUGCUCCCUGAUUGUGCAUUGUUGUAACAAAUGCAAAUACUUGUAACUUAACCUGUGGUUGUGUGAGUGAGUAAUUCAUUUGUAUAUAUAAGCUUUUCUCUCAGCUUCCCUUUGUAUAAGAAGAAUGACACUUUCUUAAUUUUUUUAAAGAAUGACAUCAACCUCUUCAUUCUUUUGUUGCUUAUCUUUGUAAUUCUGUGUUUUCCUUCAUUUUAGAGGCUAUAUUUUUGUUGGAUUUGAAGUAAUCCUUGUAUCAUCUUUUGUUGCUCAUCUUUGUAAUCCUGUAUUUUUUUGAAGAAUGGCAUCAAUCUCUUCAUUCUUUUGUUGCUGAUUAUCACACGAAAAAUAAAAUAAAAGAAAAUAAAAGCUUGCUCCUACG